CUUGAAAGGGAAGUGUGAAAAAAGGAAAAAGACAAAACAAACCAAGCCUUUCUAGCUUUCCUUUAAAUAAAGUGUAACAGAACAUUUAUUAGAACUCACAUUUCACAUUAUGACUAAUAUGGAUGGAGAAUCACAGACAUUGAGGAGCUCAGAUGGACAUGGAAAAGCAGGAGGCUGGAUUACCUUCCCUUUUACAAUAGCAACGGUGGCGGGGUUGAAUAUAGCAGCAGCAGGAUGGAUGAAUAACCUGACAGUGUACUUAAUAGAGGAGUUUGGGAUGAAUAGUAUUGAUGCUGCUCAAGUUUCCAAUGUUAUGAAUGGCUCUGUCAAUUUUGUUCCUGUUGUUGCUGCUAUUCUUGCUGAUUCCUUCUUUGGUUGUUUCUCCAUUGUCUGGAGUUCUUCUUUAAUCUCUCUACUGGGCAUAAUUUUAUUAGCUUUGACAUCAACAAUUGACACACUGAGGCCUCAACAACUAUGCAACGAUGGUUCAGAUAUUUGUACAUCACCCACAAAACUUCAAUUUGCGGUGUUAUAUGGAGGUGUCGCAUUGGCAUCUAUCGGGCUAGGUGGUAUGAGAACUAACAUAGCAACAAUUGGCGCGAACCAAUUUCUGGACUCAAAGUACCAAAACAUGUACUUCAAUUGGUUCUUCUUUACCAUGUACACUGGGACAGUAAUUGGAGCAACAGUUAUUGUGUACAUAGAAGACGAUGUUAGCUGGAAAUUUGGGUAUUUUGUAUGUGUGGCUGCUAAUUUAAUUGGUUUAGUUGUUUUCUUGGUUGGAAGUAGAUUUUACCAUUAUGGUAAACUUGAAGGUAGCCCUUUUACAAGUUUGGCUCGGGUGAUUGUGGCAACAAUUAGGAAAAGGAAACUUCCAAUUUCAGCUGAGAAUUGGUAUUAUGGACCACAUGCUAAUGAUGAUGAAACAACGCAAAAUUCACCUUCAAGAAGCUUUGGAUUCUUGAACCACGCAGCUCUAAAAUGUGAAGGAGACGUUAAACAGGAUAACUCAAUCGCGAAACCAUGGAAACUCUGUACAGUAAGUGAAGUAGAAGACUUUAAAAGCCUAAUGAGAACUCUGCCAUUGUGGUCAUCCAGUAUAUUUCUUUCAACUCCGAUUGCAGUCCUAAUUAGCUUGUCUGUACUUCAAGCAUUAGCUAUGGACAGACACUUAGGAACUCAUUUUCAAAUCCCAGCAGGUUCAAUCCCGGUCAUUAUAUUAGUCACCACAGCAAUUUUUCUACUUAUAUUCGACAGAUUUCUCUUUCCCGUCUGGGAAAAAUUGACUAGCCAAUCUGUUACGCCUUUCAAACGGAUUGGAGUUGGACAUGUGCUCACUUUUAUUGGCUUGGGAGUGGCAGCUUUGGUCGAGUCUAAAAGACUAAAUCAAGCUAGAGUCGGAUCCAGAAUUUCUGUCUUGUGGCUCGUGCCACAUCUAGUUUUAAUUGGGAUAGGAGAGGCUUUUCAUUUUCCAGGACAAGUAUCAUUGUACUAUCAAGAAUUUCCGACAUCGUUAAAGAGUGUUUCAACUUCCCUGACAUGGCUAGUCAUCGCCAUUUCGUUUUACUUGAGCACUGCGUUGAUUGAUCUUGUUCGCAGGACGACUAGUUGGUUGCCUAGUGACAUAAAUCAGGGGCGAAUCGACAAUUUCUAUUGGGUGUUCGCGAUUAUUGGAGUGUUGAAUUUUGGGUAUUAUUUACUAUGUGUUUGGUUUUACAAGAGAAAAAUUGGGAACAAAGUGGUUCAUCAUCGUGCAUCCAAUGCUUUGGAUAAGUGAUUCUAUCUAGCACUGCUCCAUUAUGCAGUGACGGAUUCAAAAUUUAAUCACUUUGGAGUUCGAAUUUUACUUGUGAUUUUUUAGUAUAUACUUGUUUUUUGGCACAUUUAAAAAUGUUCAACCUUUGAAUUAAUAGGUUCGUGUUGAAUAUACGAACCCAUGGUUGAAUCCGAUAUGGCAAGUAUGUAUAUUAAUUUUUUCUGCGUGAUUUUUGUUAUUAUA